AUGGCUGCUUUUGUGAAAGAUGCGAAUCCAGAAAUGAGUCUUCUGUAUUGUGAUAUUCACAGGAAACACUUGGUAGCUAAAAACAUCUCGCAUGUUCUAAAUGGAGUACUACAUUCAGUAAUAAAGUGUGUUAAUGCUAUUAAAGCUAAUGCCAAAUGUGAGCCUGUCUUCAAUCUAUUUUGUGAAGAAUAUAAUGAAGACCAUAAUAUGAGAAUCUUACUUAAUACUGAUGUAAGAUGGCUAUCUAAUGGGAACUGCUUGAAAACAUUUAUGGAAUUGUUUGAUAUUCUUAGUGAUUUUUUAAGCGACAAACCUGAAACAAAUAUGUAUCAACAAUCGAUAAUAAAGCACUUGUGA